CCGGGCGGGGGCGGGAGCAGACGGCUGUAUGGCGGCUGAGGGGGACGCGGCAGCCAUGGCGGCGGCGCUGCCGGCGGCGGUCGGGGACGGUCCCGGGGCGAAAGGAGCGGAGCCGCCGGAGCUGCUGGAGCUGCUGGAGCUCUGCGGGGCCUGCCGGGAGCGGCUCAGCCCCCAGCGGGAGCCGCGGCUGCUGCCCUGCCUGCACUCCGUGUGCCGGGGCUGCCUCGGGGCCGCGCCGGGAGCCGCCGGCGCCGACGGGCAGGUGUUCAACUGCCCCGUGUGCCACCAGCAGUGUCCCCUCGGGGACAUCACGGACAACUUCUUCCUGCAGGACGGGCCGGCGCUGGGCCAGGCCGGCGGGCAGCGUGUCCCUUGUCCCCAGAGCUGCACCAGCUGCGAGGACAACGCGGCGGCCACCAGCUUCUGCCAGGAGUGCGCGGAGCCGCUGUGCGGGACCUGCGUGGAGGCGCACCUGAGGGUCAGGUACACCCGGGAGCACACCGUCAGGGCACUGGCCGCCCCGUGCCCGGCGCCGUGCCCGGCGCACCCGGCGCUGCCUCUGGCGCUGUUCUGUGGCACCUGCGACGCCCUCACCUGCCACGAGUGCCACCACCGGGGCACCCACCGCCACCACCCUUCGCAGCCCCUGGACGACGCCGUUCUCCAGCAGCGCUCGGUGCUGGCGGCGCUGCUGCAGCGCCUGGGGGAGCGGCACGGGGCGCUGCAGCGCUCUGCACGGGAGCUGCGCAACUCGCUCCGGCGCGCGGCGGACGCGCAGCAGCGCGUGCAGGUGCAGGUGAAGACGGCCAUCCUGCAGGUGAUGCGCGAGCUCAACCGGCGCGGCCGCGCGCUGCUCGGCGACGCCCAGAGGGCGACGGAGCGGCGGCAGCAGCGGCUGCAGCGGCAGCAGCGCGCGCUGGGCCGGGCGCAGCGGCUGCAGGAGCACGUGCUGCGCUUCACCGCCCGCGCCCUGCGCCGCCCCCACGGCGCCGCCAUGCUGCGCUGCAGGAGCCUGCUCCAGGCCCAGCUCCUCCGGGCUCUCCGGGUCACCGUGGAGCCCCCCGAGCCCCAGGGGGACCUGAAAUUCCAGUGGGACCUGCAGGCCUGGACCCGCAGCGCCGAGAGCUUCGGCACCAUCAUCUCGGAGCAGCCCCUCCCCCCCUCGCUGAGCCCCCCGCCCUCGCUGAGCCCCCCGGCCGCCAGCCCCCGGGACCCCUUCCCCGCCUCGCAGGGCCACCCCCAGGCCAUGGUGGUCAGCGGGGGACAGGUGACCCCCGAGCUGCUCCUCGGGGAGCAGGAGCCCCCCUGGGCGCCCCUGGGCGGGGCCGAGGGGCCGGACUGUCCCCCCCAGCUGUCCCCACCCCACCUGGACCCGCGGCCGGCCGAGACCCCCGAGCUGGCCACCAGCCCCCCUGAGAGCGCCGGCACCGCAGCGAGGAGGAGGAAACCCGGGAGUUCUCCCUGGGAGGAGAAGUUCGUUAAGAAGCUGCUCAUUAAGCGGCGGGGCCCCCCCGGGGCGCAGGGCAGCCCCCGGCUCCCCAAGGUGCCGCGGGUGAGCCUGGAGCGCCUGGAGCUGGACCUGGAGCUGGACCCGGCGCAGCCGCCCGUGUUCCGCAUCUUCCCGGGGCCCUCGGCCGAGGAGUUCAGCGUCAUUGUCAUCGAGCAGGGGACAGCGGGGACAGCAGAGCCACACGGAGCCCUCCCUGUCAAGGAGGAGCAGCAGGAGUCGCCCAUCGGGGACAUCGGGGACAUCGGGGACACCAAACCCGUGGGGCUGCCGCCGCCUCUCCCGGGGGAGCCGGGCCCUGCCCCGGGCUCCUCCCCUGGCCCGGGGCUCCCGGUGGUCCUGGCGGGGCUCCCGGGGGUCCCGGGAGGGCUCCCGGUGGCCCCGGGGGAGAUCCCGGUGGUCCCGGGGGGGCUCCCGGGGGUCUCGUGCUGCCGCGUGUGCGGCCAGGCCGGGGCCGUGGUGAUGUGCGACCGCUGCCAGCGCUGCUUCCACCUGCACUGCCACCUGCCCGCCCUGCAGGACGUGCCCAGCCCCGAGUGGACGUGCCUGCUGUGCCAGGAGCUGUCCCCGCCCGGCCCGGACGCGGGGCAGGGCCCCUCGCACAAGCUGAGCCCCCAGGACCAGCAGAGGUGCGAGUUCGUCCUGCUGGAGCUGCUGUGCCACGAGCCCUGCCGGCCCCUGCAGCGCCUCUGCAGCUCCCCGGACAGCCGCGACGCCAUCGACCUGACGCUGAUGCGGGCGCGGCUGCAGGAGAAGCUGAGCCCGCCCUACGGCAGCGCCGAGGAGUUUGCCCGCGACGGCUGGCGCCUGCUGCAGCAGUUCCACCGCCUCACCGAGGACAAGGCGGACGUGCAGUCCAUCCUGGGGCUGCAGCGCUUCCUCGAGAGCCGCCUCAGCACCGCCUUCGGAGACCAGAAGUUCUCGCGGCUCCUGCUGGAUCCCGAGGAGGCCCUGGAGGGGUCCCCGGGGUGCUGAGCCCCCUCCCGGGACCCCCGUGUGCCCCCAGCCCGGGGUCCUGGAAUGUCCCUGUCCCCCGUUAUCGCGGGGUCACCUGGGGAAAUAAAGCCCUGCUCGUGCUC